AUGCAUUGGCUCCAGACUGAGGAGGACGGGACCUAUAGCUUACAAUCGCUUCAACUUGAUAUCGUCGGUUUCCUAGCCAUUCUCGGAGAAGGUUCAGUACUCGCCAACGCGCAAGUCUCAACUCUCUCCGCAUGGAUUUUUCUCCCGCGCCUGAUUCCCGCCCCCCAGGCACUUAUGCGCCCAACACGACCAUUAGACCUCGAAUCGGUCAAGGGUAAUGUCUCCGGUGUAUGGUCAGGCAACGACAGAGAUCAUAUCAACCACAUUGGGAACAUUAUCUGCAAUGCCAACAACCUUUCAAGUUUCUCCGUUCGCGUCGUUGAGAUCAAACGCAUCAACGAGGACCCAAUCAAGGCAAAGGAAUUUGGACCCCUCACAUAUGUCGCAUGGCUCGGCUUUACUCUCUCUGCGAUGCUGUUAGGACUGUCAAUACAUCUACACGAUGGCAUGUCUAUCAUUGCUACUGUACUCCUCUCGCUGCUAUCUAGUCUAAUCGGCCUGGGCAACUACUGGACUCUUCGACUUCCGAAACGUAAAUCUGUAGACCAACAAAAGCAAAGCGGGCGAACGUUGUAUUUUGGGCCCUCUAGGAGUAAAGGCAACAACAAGAUCGAGGACAAGCAGAGCAAGAGCGGCACAAGUUGCGAAAUUGCGAUGGCAGAACAAGGCGACAACAGGAAGAGGGUCGAAGACCAUGCACCCCCCGGAGACAUGGUGAUCAGAUACCCAAAAGGUAGCUUUCUUGUUGUUCGUUGCCACGAGGAUGUUGCCCGCGAGCUCUACUUCGCACCAGAAGAGAUUGAGUAUCUGGUCGAAGACGCAUGGAUCUACCGCCUUCUCAGUCUAGUGGGCACCAUGAUGUUGAUGGGGGGUGUGAUUUGUCUCGCCAACGCCAGGAUCGAGAGCCAAAUUGCAUGGGCGGGCUCGUAUAUGCUGCUUGGGUCCGCCUAUUGGAUCGUCGCUGCGCUGCCACAAAAGGUGCAUUGGGACACCUCGUGCUACUCGGUUAUCUCAGAGGCCCUCUCCGACUCCGUGCCAUACAAGAAAUAUCCAUAUUCGAAAAGUAAGUCGUUCACCGAGGCGUUGUGGAAGGCUAUAGUGGCGAGCAAGGAUGCGACUUGGGUCCGACGGGAAGACCAUUGCCCAGAUACGGCGGUCUGGGACGAUUGGCUUCAUAUGGCGAGAUCAUGCAGUAGAGAGUAUAUGAAUCCUAUGAACGAUGAGGAUUUCCAAAAGGCAGGAAAAGCAAAAGCUGAACAUAAGACCUGGCAGAUCCCUGAUUGGGAUCCAGUCGGGUAUCUCCAAUACUUGCUCAAGAAAGAGAAGGAAAGCAAGAGGCCGAAAGGCAAAUCCGGACUGGACGCCCACAAUCAGGUGUUGCAGAACAUGAACAACAACCAGCAGAACAUGCAACAGAACCCCCAGCAGACCAUCCAGCAUGACACGCAAUUAUGA